UCCGAUGUUGCGUUAGUGGACUAGAGAGCUCCGGUUCACACCGGAUGCACAAGACGGAGGCAAAUCAGUUCUUCGGUUCAUCCACACAGACACCAUCUCAUUCUGCGACGACUCUCAGGGGUGGGCAGCCAUGAUGGCUUGUGCCCUCGCCGUCGUCCAGCCUGCAGCGGUUCUUGCGCCAUGCGGCAGGAGGAGCCUCUCCGGCCAUCUCCCACGGCUGCCGUCUCCCAGACUUUCAGGUAGGAUCAGGAGCCGCAGCGUCGUGGCGAACGUCGCGCAAGACAGUUCGGAAUCGUCCGGGAGCGUUGUGAGAUACGUCAAGAGUUCUUUGAGCACUGCUGAAGACAUCUUUGCUCUAGCUGGAAUAGGCUUUGCAACCGUAGCUGCAUUAUGGGCUUCAGUACAUCUCAUUGAGAUCAUCGAUAAGCUUCCGGUUCUUCCACUUUUCUUUGAAUUAAUCGGGAUACUAGUUGCCUGGCUGUUCAUCUACAACAAUCUCCUCUUCAAGGCAAAGAGGCAAGAGUUUCUGGAGAACAUCAUAAGCACAGCAUCUCGAAUCUCGGGGCAGUAACUUUCGGAGGCAACAGUGGAGAACAAGCACGGUGUUAUGUGGCCCUCUAUAGGCCUGCCGAGACGCGAGAUGUAACGUUUAACUGUACGCAUAUGAUGUGAAAAACAACUGUGACCAUUUUUCACUCUAGAGGCAAAAUACCAAUUUUCUGUACAGGUUAGUGUGAUUAAAACCAUUCCCCUAGUAGCGAAAAUUGGACUCGGACCUCUUGGUGUACGAGCCAAAUAAGAGCAGACCGUCAGAACCAGUUCUUCAACCGAAUGUUUUGGCUAGUCGAUUUCAUAUUCAAGGAUGAAUCAUUUCAUAUUCAA